GUCCUGGGUGUCUAUCUCUCAGCGCAGCCACUUUGACAUGUGGAAGGUCACUCGUAGCAACGAAGCCAAUUGGAAAGAAGAAUUUGUCUAUGUGUCGUCUGGAUCUCCGUUACCCUUCUCAUUGUCUUUGAAUUGUCGAUUUAAGAAGUAUUCAUACCCGAAACUUCCGGUUGACCAGGAGACAUGGCCGGCUAUGAUUCUUUCUGGAGGACCGUAUAGCCUCUCUGCCUUUACUUCUGAGGACCGCCUACCCACGGUUGGACUCUAUUCGCCGUCACCAUGUUCGGGUGCACACGCAUCCACACCCACGGAUCAAGACAUGACAUCGCGGCUGGAGAUGUUCCAAAGCUUCGACAAGGAUGGACCUCGCGGUAGUGACCAGGGGCGCUCUGACAAGAAACCAAGGGCUCCCUCCGUCACCAAAGGCAAGGACGUUAUCGUAACCAUGCCUUCAUCCGUGGCGAAACGCAAGGCUCCUAGUACCGCAGCCCGCAUCACCCGGAGCAUGAGUGACAUUCCCAUUACGGGGAUGACUACUUGGUUACGAGGUAACAUUGAGUUGCCCCCGCUUUUAUCACUGACAAUCCCGGCGACUGAGAAGGAGCAAAUUUUAGCACUUGACAACGUUGCUCUAGAGAGGAGGAGUCACCAUGGCCUGGCAGAGCUACUGACAUCCAUCUCCGAGGUGAACCGAAGGAAGGACGAGCGCGAGCAAGAGUUGUUGCUACAACUUACCGAACUGGCAAAAGAGGUGGCCUCGCUCAAACUUAUUCGUGAUUCACAUGCAGCCGAGGUCGCGACGCUCAAAGACAUGCACGCCGUGGAGUUGGCGAAUGAAAGAGGUCGGGCCGUGGAUGCAUACAAGAAUUCUUCAGAGUUUGUGUCUGAUCGGGAAGCUUACAUCAGUGCCCACCUCGGUGACAUUAGCAAGCGUUGGUUGUCUACUCCGGAUGGCCAAGAGAAACUGGCUUUAGAGAGCUACAUCUCCUACCAGAUCGGGAUAUAUGCCACUCAACAAAAAAUAUAUCUUAUCCUGAGGAAUAAGGCUGGU